UUCUCUCAAACUCUUCGCCGCGCCGCGGCUCAGAACGCCGGUGGCUACCGUUCUCCCUUCGGUCCUAAGUACUCGACUCCCCGCCACUGGCACGGUCUUACCACCCGGUCCGCUGUCACUGCUGGUACCAUUGCCAGCGGCUUCGGUGUCAGCGCCGGUGUCUUCCUUCUGUUCUUCUUCGGCGAGGUCCCCCGUGUCCGCCGUGACAUCCUCCAGAAGGUCCCCUUCCUCGAUGAGUACUUUGACCGCACCAUCGCCCCUGAGGACAAC